AUGGUGACAGGAACUUCAAAUCAAAUUCAUUUGUACUACAUUCCAAAACCCUCUUUCUGUUAUCCCUCUAAAACCCUUAAACCCCAGUCGUUAUCAUCCAAAAAACAUGCGUUUCUAUCUUCAAAUUUGCAUUUCAAAACCCGGAGCGAUCUUUUGCGUUAUGGAUCCAAGAGGGUUCCAGUCAAAUGUUGCAAUGCUUCUUCUUCAACUCAGAGUUCAAGUUCUGAUGGCCCGGAGUCAGCUGAGCAGCUUUUUGAGAAACUGAAAGAGGCUGAGAGAGAGAGGGUGAAUAAGUUGGAGGAAUUUGAGAGGAAAGCAAAUGUUCAGUUAGAAAGGCAGCUUGUGAUGGCUUCUGAUUGGAGCAGAGCACUGCUAACGAUGCGGGGAAAGCUCAAGGGAACAGAGUGGGAUCCUGAGAAUUCUCAUAGGAUAAGCUACAGUGACUUUCAGAGGCUGCUAAAUUCAAAUAGUGUACAGUUUAUGGAGUACUCGAAUUAUGGUCAGACUGUUUCAGUGAUUUUACCAUACUACAAAAACAGAGAAAAUGAAGUUCCUGGUGGGGAUACAAAGAACAAUAUUGUCUUCCGGCGCCACAUUGUUGAUCGUAUGCCUAUCGACUGUUGGAAUGAUGUUUGGCGGAAGUUACAUCAGCAACUUGUACAUGUUGAUGUGUUCAAUAGGAACACAGUUCCUGCUGAAGUUUACUCAACUGUUGCAACUGCAGUCGUAUGGUCUAUGCGCCUUGCCCUUGCAGUCAUAUUGUACCUCUGGAUUGACAGUAUUAUGAGACCUAUUUAUGCGAAGCUUAUACCUUGUGAUCUAGGCACCCCACCAAAAAAAACAAGGCUGCCACUAAAGCGUGAAGCCCUUGGAUCAUUAGGAAAGAGUCGGGCCAAAUUUAUAUCAGCAGAAGAAAAAACUGGUGUCACCUUUGAUGAUUUUGCUGGGCAAGACUACAUCAAGAGGGAGUUACAAGAAAUUGUUAGCAUACUAAAGAAUGAAGAAGAAUUCCAGGAUAAAGGCAUUUACUGUCCUAAAGGUGUACUUCUUCAUGGUCCUCCUGGGACUGGUAAAACCCUUCUAGCUAAAGCCAUAGCGGGAGAAGCAGGUCUGCCAUUUUUUGCUGCAAAUGGUACUGACUUUGUAGAGAUGUUUGUUGGUGUCGCUGCAUCUCGUGUGAAGGACCUGUUUGGUAGUGCCAGGUCUUUUGCUCCUUCAAUCAUUUUUAUUGAUGAGAUCGAUGCGAUUGGCAGCAAACGUGGUGGACCUGAUAUUGGUGGGGGUGGUGCAGAGAGAGAACAAGGACUACUUCAGAUACUUACAGAAAUGGAUGGUUUCAAAGUGUCAACAUCACAGGUUUUGGUAAUUGGAGCAACAAAUAGACUGGAUAUUCUGGAUCCUGCUCUCUUGAGAAAAGGCCGUUUUGAUAAAAUUAUUAGAGUUGGGUUACCAUCAAAAGAUGGCAGGUUGGCAAUAUUGAAGGUCCAUGCAAGGACUAAAUUUUUCCGUUCAGAAGAGGAGAAGGAGGUUUUGUUGCAGGAAAUAGCUGAACUUGCAGAUGAUUUUACUGGAGCAGAAUUACAAAACGUCCUCAAUGAAGCUGGAAUUUUGACUACUAGAAAGGACAAGGAUUACAUAGAGCGAGAGGAGCUUCUUGAGGCUUUAAAGAGACAAAAAGGCACAUUUGAAACUGGUCAAGAAGAUAGUACUGAAGUCCCUGAAGAAUUGAAACUUAGAUUGGCAUAUCGAGAAGCUGCUAUUGCUGUUCUUGCUUGCUAUUUUCCAGAUCCCUACCGUCCUUUCACCAAGACAGAUAUUAGUUCCAUCCAACUUCACCCGAAUAUGUCCUAUGUGGAGACCCCCGGCAGGGUAUUCAAAAGAAAACAAGACUACAUAAACUCCAUCGUGCGCACAUGUGCUCCUAGAGUUAUUGAGGAAGAGAUGUUUGGAGUUGACAAUCUCUGUUGGAUAUCUGCCAAGUCUACUUUGGAAGCAUCUAGGCUUAUAGAGUUUCUGAUUCUUAAGACAGGAAUGACUGCAUUUGGAAAUGCUUACUACAGAUAUCAGAACGAUUUGGUGCCAAAUCUUGCUGCCAAACUUGAAGCCCUCAGAGAUGAGUAUAUGCGGUUUGCUGUAGAGAGAUGCUCCUCUGUGCUAAAGGAGAAUCAGUUUGCUGUGGAAAAUAUAACAGAUAUUUUACUUGAGAAAGGUGAGAUCACAGCGGAUGAAAUCUGGAGAAUAUAUAACAAAUCUCCUCGUAUACCUCAGUCAGCUGUAACUCCAGUUGAUGAAUAUGGAGCCCUUGUAUGUGCUGGAAGAUGGGGCAUUCAUGGGAUUUCACUUCCAGGGAGAGUAACUUUUGCUCCUGGAAAUGUGGGAUUUGCAACUUUUGGUGCUCCCAGGCCCUUGGAGACUCAAAUUAUCAGUGAUAAGACCUGGAAGUUAAUCGAUGGAAUCUGGGAUAAGAGGGUCCAAGAAAUCUGGGAGGAGGCCUCUAUGGAGUUUGAAGAAGAUAAAGAAGAACCACAACUUUUAAUGGCUAACGAUUUCACGAAUCUGCAGCUACUUAUUCUGUUUGAUUGUGAUCUUGAUAGCAUUAGUACUUUUACGACCAAGGUGAAAGUAAUGAUGUCGUUCAUGGUUGAUGCUCACAGUCACGGCACCGUUGCUUUUUGGACAUUUAGCUUUCCGAAGGUAAAGCUUUCUUCUAUUCAAGCACAAUCUAGACUAGCUUUGACAGUGCCUGAGGUCAGAAAGAGAGGAAAAAUCAAGAAAAACGACGAGGACGAGGACGAGGAUGAAGAGGAGGAGAACUAUAUGUAUGGUAGAGAUGUUGAGAUAGGGAAGUCUAAAAUAGUUAAAGCCGACAGGAAGUUCGAGACAGCGUGGAGGAAAACAGCGCACCUUUACCAAAACGUGAGCAUAGAAAUGAUGCUGAAUUAUAAUGAGGAAAGAACUUACUUUGCACAUUGUGAUGCCAAUUUCCGAAGGAAUAUGAUGAAAUGUUCAGUAUAA